AUAAAAGAAGAACAAUAAAUGUGGUCGUGUAUUUACUUGAAAAAUUACAGCAGGUAGCGGCUACAUCCAUGGCGGGGUUCUUUUUGCGCGCGCGUAUCUUAAAUGGAGUGCUAUUUCGAGGCCUUUCAAAGAAGGCAAUUAACUUGGAAAGGCCCCCACACGACUAUCCGAUUGUGACGGGGUCGGAACAUUGGAGAAGAAAACUCCGCACACUAUUCAAAGCGAGGGAUACAGAUGGAGACGGAUAUAUCUCCCGACAAGAUUAUGUGUUAUGUGCAGACCGCGUUGCAAGUUACAUGAACCUAAACGAAACCCGGGCAAUUGAGUUGAUGAAUAAACAGUUGUUAAUGUGGGAAUUGGUUUCUGGUACUACGGACGCUUCGGGUGACAUCAAGAUAUCUGAAGACGAAUAUAUGUCUAAUAUACUCAACGGCAACCACAAAUCUAUGGGGAUGGGUUUAGACAUCGUUUGCUGCGACUUUGAUUCCGUGGACGUUAACAGCGAUGGUUUUAUUUCCCAACAAGAGCACAAGGCGUUCUUUUACGGGAGGGGCAUACCCGUAAAACACUCGACGGAUGUCUUCAAAGUUCUCGACACCGACGGGGAUGGCAAGUUAAGCAAGGAGGAGUUCGUCCAAGGUUAUGUGGACUUUAUUUACAGUGAAGAUGAAAGCAGUCCUCAUGUUUCUUUCAUGGGACCUCUCGUUUAACGUAUUGAAUUGAGAACCGAUCAUUUUACUGAGCCAUUUUUGUGAGGAAUUUGCAAUUAUUACACAGCCUCCUAAUAAGGGCCCUGCACAGAAAUUCAACUUAAAAAAUAUCCCGAUGUAAUGUAAAUCACUAAGGACUAUAUUUUAAUUGCACACAAGAAAUAGACAAUAUCUCGGACAUUACCGAGUCCUUUCUCUUCAAAAUUCGGAAUAUUGGCACUAUAGGAAACUAUUUGGAACAUUUACCUGCUGCUAUAUUAAUACAUGCAUGGGUCAUCCCAAGACUGAACUACUGCAACUCUGUACUAUAUGGAAGUCCAGAUUACAAGAUUCUUCUUUUGAAAAAGGAACCUGCCCUUUUAAAAAUCUUGAAGACUACAGUGCAUCAAAGGACAAACAGAUAUGUGACAUAAGCACUGUGGAUUCGGCAUUUGGUACACUAACACUAUAAUAAAGGUUUUGAACCAAUCCUCUGUUACAACUGUUUUACGUGCAUUAGACACUUCUAAGCUGAAUUACUGCGUCGCUGUACUAUAGAUGUCCCGAUGAUAAGAUGAACUUUUGAAAACGUAUUGAGAACAUUUCAAUAUAACAGCCUAGAGAUUACCACACUGCUCCAAUAUCAAAACAGAUGCUUUAUAGUCACCAGUUCGAACUAGAAUUUGAUAUUGUAGCUCUUUUUCUUUUUGCAUA